GCAGCGGGGCCGUGCCGGGCCUGGCCGGGCUUCGCCUGGGCGUGAAGGGUGCCUGCGCGGCAGGAGGGGCCAGGCGAGGCGGGGAAGGAAUGCAAGUGGGAGAGCGGCCGGGCGUGCAGCGACAGAUCCUGGGGAGCGAGGAGCCGGGGAUCCCACACGCUGCAUGGGGCAGGAGGCAGAGCCCCGGCGAUAGGGACCGGCCGACAUGGGGCAUCCCGGUGCUGCCCGGCUGUGAGAGCCGGCGGGGGGCCGUUCCCGGGGGCGGUGAGCCCCCGCACCGAGCCGUGGGGGGGUCCUGGCGCCCGCCUGGGGGGGCUGGAAAUCCCCAUCAGGGGAUGCUCGGCCGGAGGAGCUGAGGAUCCUGCGGCCCCGAGGAGCCGCCAUGACCCCCGAGAAGGUGCUGCGGGAGGGGGUGCUGGAGAAGCGCAGCGGGGGGCUGCUGCAGCUCUGGAAGAAGAAGCGGUGCCUGCUGACCGAGAAGGGGCUGCAGCUCUUCGAGCCCAAGGGCUCGCGCCGCAAGGAGCUGAGCUUCGCGCGCAUGAAGGCGGUGGAGUGCGUGGAGUGGAAGGAGCGGCACAUCUACUUCACCGUGGUGAUGGACGACAGCCACGAGAUUGAUUUCCGCUGCGCCCAGGAGGACCCGGGCUGGAACGCCGAAAUCACCAUGGGCCUCGUCCGCUUCAAGAACCAGCAGGCGAUCCAGAUCGUGCGGGCACGGCACAGCUGCAGAGCAGUGGUGCAGUAUGACACAGCCCCACCCGGCCAGCCCGCGGCCCCGCAGCAUCCCAGGAGCAGGAUGGAGACGGUGAUCGGCUCGGCGGGCGGCGGGGAGAACGGGAUCCCGGCCAGCAACUGAGGCCACCACCCUCGGUGGCCCUGGGGAGGACAGCGCAGGCGCCGGCCUCUCCCUCCUGGGGCAGGACAGCGAGGCACCGGAGGAGCUGGGCCACAGGGCUCGAGUCCCAUCCACUUGGACCAAGGGGGCAAAGGACACAGCCAGGGCCACCACCCGCAGCUCUGGACAUGACAGAGGUGACGUCCCCACCUGGGGGCUCCCUGUCCUUCAGCCAACAUGGCCAGGACUGUGGCGGGCUGGCGGAGACCCCCAGGCCUCUCCUGCGGGACAGGGGAUGGGAUGGGAGAGGCUGAGCCCGAAGGAAGCAGCGCAGCGGUGAGCUCUGGGACAGACGGACGUGGAAGGGGACGCGGCUCCCCCUGAGCCCCCACGCUGAGAAGGGGCUGGAGAGCUGCUGCGGCAGGGACCCCUGGUCACUGUGCCUGGCCGGUGCAG